AUGGUUGGAGAGAUCCAAGUCUACGACAGUCGCCCCUUAAGUGGUUCCGUCAAAGGCAUCUUGAUCUUGUUCCCCGAUGGUUUUGGCCUCGCAUCGCACAACCAGCUCCUCGCUGAUAUGUUUGCUGAACGAGGCUGGACCACCAUUAUUCCAGACUACUUUGAAGGAGAUGCGGUGCCAAUUUCCGUUCUCGAAAGGGAUCAGAGCAGGCCACUAGAUGAGCAAUUCGAUUUGAAGUUAUGGCUUAGCAGGCACCCACACGAAUCAGUUGAGCGUCAUGCAAAGGACUUAUACGAGCACGUUCACAGCUCCAACGACAAUCUAGGAAUUGCAGUGGCGGGUUAUUGCUUCGGUGGUAAAUAUGCCCUACGAGCAUCGUCAUGGCCCGGUGUACAUGUCGCACUGGCCUUCCAUCCCUCAUUUGUCGAGAGAGACGAUAUCGCGGGGGCUCCGGUCGAACCAGGCUGCCGAACCUUUGUUGGGCUUGCGGAGAAUGACGAGAUGGUGCCCAAGACUCUGGGAGCCGAUAUCAGUUGCUGGGCUGCCGAAGCGUCACGCACCAUCACGCAGAGGGUUUUCCCUCACGUUGGACAUGGAUUUGCGGCGAGGCCAGCUGCGACUGCCAAGACGGAGAUGGAGCAGUUCAGAGAAGCAUUCGAGUUUGCUUGUGCUGCUCUAGAGGGUAGUUGA